UGCACAGACACAUAUGCUCAUGCACAAACAACAGCACACUGCAUUCAGGCAUCCAGUGAAACACAAAGCGCACGACAGGAUAUAAAGAUCAGCAAAGAGAACAUAUUCAGAUCGGAUGAGAUUUUGGAUGCCUCUCCCUGUGCACAGGGACUGCAGCUCAACCCCUACACUCUGACUGAAGCUUGUCAAGGGUACACUGAGACUCCAAUCUAUUGACUGACCCAGCUGCUGCUUUUAGCCAUGCGGCUGCUUUGUGGUCUACUGCUGAUGCUGUUCUUGGGAAUCUGGGCAGCCGAUGCACGAAUGGGUGAAAAGGGGAAUGGACGUCGAAAGCGGGGUCGAGAUCGGACCAGCACCAUCAAGCGAAAUUCUGCAGAUUGCAAAGAAUAUUCAGCUAAUGGAGAGAAAUUCAUGGACUGUCAAGAGCGUCAACUGACAGCUGUAUUGUUGGGUUGGCAGGAGGAUAUUGAUCAUCUGCUGUUGGCACGGAACAGGAUCAUGGUGCUACGAGACAAUACCUUCAGUCAAUUCCGCAACCUGAGGAGCCUGGAUCUGCAGCAGAAUGAAAUAUCGCGCAUUGAGGAAGGAGCGUUCAGCGGCUUGAGCAAACUCACCACUUUACUGUUGCAGCACAACAGACUGCAGGUUGUGAGCGAAGGCAUGCUAAUCCCUAUGCCUCAACUCAAGUACCUGCGCCUCCAUGACAACCCUUGGAGGUGUGACUGCCAGCUAGACAGCCUGGUAAGGUUCAUACAGGUUCCCAGUAACCGCAACAUUGGCAAUUAUGCCAGCUGUACAGAGCCUGUGGCAUUUGCUGGGAGGCAGCUUAAGAAGCUGGAUGCAGAGCUGCUAUGCACCCCUCAGCAGGAGAACAUAUCACAGCAACCAGACCAUCAGCCACUGCCAGCUCCACAAAGGCAAUCUGACGCAACCACUCUGUGCUACACCUACAUGCACCCUGUUCCCCACCUGGACUGCAGGAACAAAAAACUGAAAACUGUGCCAGCAGAUAUCCCGGUGGAUAUUGUGAGAUUGGAUCUAUCCAGAAACAACAUCAAGCAGCUGAGACCUAAAGAGUUUGUAACCGUUAAAGACUUAAAGCUCCUGAACCUGAGCAGCAACAGUCUGGAACGUAUAGACACGGCUGCCUUCACAGGCCUGCUGCAUUUAGGAGAGCUGGACCUUUCUAACAACAGUCUGCGAUAUUUCCAGUACGGUGUUUUGGAGGAUCUGUACUUCCUGAAGAAACUGUCCAUGGGGAACAACCCUUGGAUAUGUGAUUACAACAUUCACUACUUGAUCUAUUGGCUGAAGCACCACUCUGGAGUGUCCUACACAGGUCUGGUGUGCAGUGAACCAGAGGAGUUUCGGGGAUGGCCAGUGGAGAAAUAUGUGAAGACUUACAAUGCAGACUGUCCUGACAAGCAGCAGAACCAGUUACCUGGCACUGACCUGGCAGGCACCACAUCUCAGGAGCUCACUGCUGAGACAGAUGAAGAGGAGCUGAUCUCAGAUUUGGGGCCCAGACCUUACAGAGUACCAAAGAAAUUUGAGAUCAUCCGUCUAUCUUAAGUCAGAAACUGUGAUGCUGUUGGGAACGAUGUCUUAUUUUAUCAAGAGCAAAUCAUUUUCCCAGCAUAAUUCUGACUGUAUCAGAAAUGAAACAAUAUACUGUCAGUUUGCAGAUUCAUUGAGUCCAAUCAGAAUUCUAGCAGUUGAUGUUGUAUGUAUUAUAUACAUACAGUAUAUAAAUAAAUCCAUUAAUAAAUAUAUUAAUAAACAGUAUAUAUACUGUAUAUAUUAAUGGAUUUAUUUAUGGUAUUAUUGAGUUUCUAUUCAUUUAUUUCCAUACAUGGAUGCGUUGCAUAAUGCUGAGAACCUUGGGGAAAAAAACUGUUUGUAGAAAUGUUUUUAAGGUGAUUCUCACACUUUAAAGACACAUUUAUUGUGUGACGAUUCUUUCCACCUGAACAAAUAUACUGGUCAAAAUUAUAUUGGGAAGUUAUAUUGUGAAAUUAUAUUAGGAAGGGAUGCUUUAUAGCAAGUGUCUUGAGGUUGCUGAAUCUGAUUUAAACCUGUUUGACUUUGUCUGGUUUUGUCAGAGUGAAACAGGCCUCUGAUGUUUGUCUGUUAACUAAUGCCAAAAAACGCAAGUAUGCAAUUGCAGAUGUAAAUGCUUGUCCAAGGCCUUGCAAGCGCAUGGUCCCAUUGUACAUAUUCAACGUGCAUUCUUGCUUUAAUGUGGUGGUAAAAAAAUGCAGUACUCAAGGGGGUGAUAGGGUUACCUUUAAAUGUUUGUAACAUUAAACUGUAUAUGUUUUUAUUUUGGUAGCUUAACAUGUCUUGUACAACAAGAUUGUCUUCAGACUGUUGCUCUGCCAUGACAGCAUUUGACCUGUAAGAGAAAACUGACCAUUGAAGACCGUUUACGCUAAUGCAUGCUAUAGCGCUAAUAACAGCAACACUGAGAAUGUGAUUCAUACUUUGCAUUCUGAUUUAGAACACAUAUCCAUGUGAAAUUGUUCAGAUGCUUGUGCAGAGUAUGGUUCGGGCCUAAGUAUGCUUUUAUAUGAUUCCUUUUUGACCCCCAAUGUUGUUGAACAAUAGUUGGCGCACACAUGCUGAUUUGUGGUCUAUGCUAAUGUCCCAACAAGACAGCAUACAAAGUAAGUGCACAGUCUCUAAAAUGGAGACAUGUGUGCUUACACAUUCUAUGUUCAAAGGCUCAUACGGGUAGUCUGUCUUGUGAUAUGUCUUGAGAACAUUGACCGUAAAGGGACUGAAACAUUAGAAAGGCCUUUUUCUGGGGCCUGGGUAGCUCAGUGGUAAAAUACACUGGCUACCACCCCUGGAGUUCGCUAGCUUGCUAGUUCGAAUCCCAGGGUGUGCUGAGUGACUCCAACUAAAUCCUAAGCAACUAAAUUGGCUCGGUUGCUAGGGAGGGUAGAGUCACAUGGGGUAAACUCCUCGUGGUCACUAUAAUGUGGUUCGUUCUCGGUGGGGCGCAUGGUGAGUUGAGCAUGGUUGCCAUGGUGGAUGGCAUGAAACCUCCACACGUGCUAUGUCUCCAUGGCAACGUGCUCAACAAGCCAUGUGAUAAGAUGCAUGGGUUGAUGGUCUCAGAUGCGGAGACAACUGGGAUUCGUCCUCCGCCACCCGGACUGAGGCGAAUCACUACGUGACCAACAAAGCACAUUGGGAAUUGGGCAUUCCAAAUUGGGAGAAAAAGGGGAAAAAUCUCCAUCCUGUCUGAACAGAAACAGAUGCAAGAACAUUAUGGAUCUCCAGUCUCUAUCACUGUUCUGAGACAAAUGCAUCUGUGAAAAUCUGGAAAAACUUUCAGGUGGAGGGCCAUUUGAGAAUUUAAAGGAAUCAAAGUGUGAAUCCAUUUAAUUGAUAAUUGUUCACAGCAACAAAGAUGUUUCCAGCGUUGUAUAUGCACUGCAAAAUUCAGAUGUGUCUUUCCUGUGUACCCAGUUUUCUCCAUGUAAAAUUGACUGCAUAUCUUCCUGUCCUCCUCUUGAGUUGUCUCAAACAUGGAGAAUUUCUAAAGUCACUGCUGUUCUUUCACUGCUCUUGCCAUGUUUGCCAUUGUACUCAUUUUGUAUAUCUUUAGAGUGUCAUAAACAAGACAAGGCACUCAAUAUCUUGGUUGAAAGCUUAGCAUUGACAGAGGGAAAACCCUCAAACAGACAACUGCACCAUCAGAGAAGCUCCAGAAAAUAUUUUUGGAGUGCAGAUGAGGCGUCUGAGUGAAAAAUGUCUUGAGUAAGUGAAAACUCCAGGGACAUUGGUUAAGCUUUCAGUGGGAGCGAAAUAGCUACUCUCAUUCUCUAAACAUUGUAUAUAAUCAUACGCACUUAGUUUGCUAAUUUUAACCACUAAUAGUUCUAAACAUAACUAAUAUUAGCAUUAUAUUCAUUCAUUAUCUGUUAUAGCAUUUUUCAUGUACAGCUGCUUUGAAACAACAGCUGUUGUGAAAAGUGCUAUACAAAUAAAUUUGACUUGACUUGACUCAUAAGAUUGAAGUAAUAAGUAUACUACCUCCAUUACUAAGAAACAAAAUAAAGCAAUACACUUUUAGAUAAAUUAGAAUUACAGCCUUAAAGCAAAUUACAAAGACAAAUUAGAGUCCCCAUGAAUGCAAGGAUGGAGUGGAGAAAAAUAAUAUCAAGGAGGAAAAUAAGGAUUGAAUGAAAGGAAAUAUAUUAGAUGGAGAGAUCAAUAACAUAUGAUUAAGAUCCUAAAAUUUGACACAGAUGGGAACUGCUCAAAGAAGUAAUUAUAUAAUAUUAAAUGAUGACAAUUCUUUCUGUUUGACAGAAAUGUAAUAAGCAACGAUACUGCCCUACAAAGGCAAAAUGCAAAACUGAGUUCUGAUUGAAACAGGUCUCUUAUAAUUUGUCCAGUGACAGAUGGGUUUGUCUCAUAUGCUGAAAUUCAGAGAAACCAUUGUGUGAAAAUGCAGUAACAACAAAAUCCACAUCAACAUAAUUCAAGCCAUUUUUCUCAGUUUCAAUGUUAGUUAAUGAGUAUGGCCUUUGUAGGGUAGCAAAGGGUAUUAAUAUUUUUACCAGUGAAACUACAUGUGUAAAGUAAUUUAGGGAACACAGGAAUUUGGAUGGAUGGAUGGAUGGAUGGAUGGAAAGUAAUGCCAUGUAAGCAACAACGGUUAUUUUCAUGGCAAAAAAUAGAGUAGUUUAAAAAGCAAUGACAAGCAAUAUGUGUUGAUGUGUGCGCGGGAACGGGAGAAAGAAAUGACCCGCGUGACUCCCACAAAAUAUAAAUAUAUAUCUAUUUAAAAAAUAAAA